AUGGCGGGCGGCGGCGCGAGGACGCAGAAGAACAAGGCGCACAAGUCGCGCUUCGGUGCCAAGAGCCAACGCGCGUUGCACAAGGUCGCCAAGGCGUCAGACGGCGGAGCAGCAGGGGCAGCGCGCGGGGGCGCGAAGGGCAAGGGGAAGGGCCAUGGCGCCGUCGCGAAGGCCGAGAGGCUCAACCGCAACAAGCUGCUGCGGGACAGCAAGCGGGCAAGCGUGCUGGCGGCCAAGCGGGCACUCUCUGCUUCCUCCACGCCGCCCCGCGUCGUGCUGCUGAUUGGUUUAUCUCGCCAGGUGGACGUGGCUCACCUGGCAGAUACGUUCGUUGAGGCAUGCGCUGCCUCAGGUGCCUCUCAGUCUGCAGGCGCCCAAGCAGCAGCAGGGCAGGGAAUGGAGGUGGAAGGGGGCCAUGUGGAGGGCAGUGUGAAGGCUCAGGGAGUGGGGGGGGUGCGCCUGGUGGCUCUGUCCAAGCUCAGGGCGCGCUUUGCUGUCGUGCCGUGUCCUCCGGGGGAUCUUCUGCGAUGCCUCGAGCUCAUCAAGAUCGCAGACGUGGUAAUCUUCGCAUCUACAAUCGCCCCCAUCGACCCCCUCCCUCCCACCACUCCGUCAGCCCUCUCCACCUCCUCGCUCCACACCCAUGCCACCUCACACUCCCACACUCACUCCCUGCGCACCACUACCACCAACAAAUCCUCUGCCUCCGCCUCCUCCCCUUCGUCUGCGGCCUACAUUGACGACUGGGGCCGCUCAGCCCUCUCUGUGGCCCGGGCGCAGGGCCUGCCACUCCAGGUCGCCCUCGCUUCCAGCCUCUCCUCUCCGGCUUUUGCUGCCUCCUCCUCUUCCCUCGCCGCCUCCUCGCUUGCUCCAUCCUCCUCUGCAUCUGCUCUUUUUAGAGAUUCGAUGCUCCCGUUGAGUCAGCAGCAGCAGCAGGGCCAGCAGAAGGCAGGGGGCGGGGAGGGGAAGAGGCACGGGGAGCAGAGGAAGGGCGCUCUGGCGGUGCUGGGAGGGGAGUUUCCUAAAGGCACUUGCCAUGUGUUUGGAGUCGACUCUCUUACUGAGAUGGCACCGGUGGUGCGGCACAUAGCGGAGCAUCGUCCCGUCACUCCUGGCUGGCGCACUCACCGCCCGUACCUCGUGGCACACAAUUUUGACUUUAUCCCCGGCGCAGCCGACACAGGCGCUGCAGCAGCCACUGGCACGUUGCGAGUGGUGGGCUACGUGCGUGGCCACGGGAUCAACGUGAACCAGCUGGUGCACAUUACAGGCGUGGGCGACUUUCAGCUGGCUCAGAUUGACCAAGUGCCCGACCCCUGUGCUGCUGGCGAGCAUGGGAGGCCGGGGGGGAGGGGCGGUGGGAGCAAGGGGAAGGAGAAGAAGAAAGGGGGGACGACGAAAGAGGGAAUGGAGGUAGAGGAGGGAGAGGAGGGGGAGGAGGGGGAAGUGGAGGAAGAGGGGGAGGAGGAGGAGGAGGGGGGAGUGAGGGUGUUGGCUCGGUCGAGUGCAGAUCUGAGGGAUCCCCUUGUGGUUCUCAACACACUCGAUCCGCUGGCAGGCGAACAGACGUGGCCGACAGAGGAGGAAAUGACAGCAGCAGAGGCGGAGGAGAGGAAGAGAGCAGAGAGCAAGGCCCUGGGCGGGGGAGGAGGGAAGGAGGGGAAGGGUGGCGCCAGGCGCAUUCGGGUGCCGAAAGGAACCUCCAGUUACCAGGCGGCAUGGAUGCAAGGUGGUGACGAGGAGGAGAGCGAGGGGGAAGAGGAGGACGGGGAGGAGGGACAGGAUGGAGAGGAGGGAGAGGAGGCGAUGGAGGAGGGAGAGGAGAGGGAUGGGGGUGAGCAGGGAGGAGCAGAGGAGGAGGAGGAGGGGUCGGGGAGUGAUUGGGAGGAGGUGGAUGAGGAUGAUGGUGUGGGAGGGGAGAGGCUAGAAGGAGGCAGCACCCACGAUGGGCUCAUGGAGGAGGAUGAUGCAGAGGGGGAGGCGGAGAAGAGGGCGCGGGCACAGUGGGAGGAGAUGAAGCGACUGAGGACACAGCAGCAGGAGGACCAGGAAUUCCCCGACGAGGUGGACACACCUGACGACAUCCCGGCCCGCCAGCGCUUUGCCAAGUACCGCGGACUCAAGUCCUUCCGCUCCUCGCCGUGGGACCCCAAGGAGUCCCUCCCCCCCGAAUACGCGCGCAUCUUCUCCUUUGACAACUGGAAAAGGACGCAGAAGGCCGCGGAGGAGCGGGCGGCAGCAGUGGAUCGGGGCGAGGUGCCCGGGUCGGUUGGGGCGGGGACGUUUGUCAGGUUGCACAUUAUGAACGUGCCAUGCUUCGAAGCAGAGCGUCUGCAGCACGAGGCGACCAAACGUGGGCUGCCACUUGUCGUGACGGGGCUGCUGCAGCACGAGACGCGCAUGACAGUGCUGCACUUCUCAGUCAAGAAGUCCGACUCCUUCGCCCCCCCCAUCAAGUCCAAGCAGCGCCUCCUCUUCCACUGCGGCUUCCGAAGGUUCUACUCUCGCCCCACCUUCUCAACGGAUGACAUCAAUCUCGAUAAGCACAAGUUCGAGCGCUUCCUGCACCCCGGAAGGUUCGCGGUAGCUUCCAUCUUCGCACCCACGCUCUUCCCGCCGCUCCCCCUCCUCGUCUUCGCCGACCCGUCUGCGGCCAAUCAGCACACAGGAGAGGGUGUGGGGGGAGGGAGUGUAGGAGGGAGUGUGGUGGGGGGAAGUGUGGUGGGGGAGGGCGAGGAGCUGCAGCUGGCGGCAACAGGGGCUUUAAGAGGGCCGGACCCCGAUCGGAUCAUCCUCAAGAAGAUUGUGCUGUCGGGCUACCCCGUGUCAGUGAUGAAGCGCAAGGCAGUGGUGCGAUACAUGUUCCACCAGCCAGAGGAUGGCAGGUGGUUCCAGCCAGUGGAGCUCUUCACCAAGUACGGCCGGAGGGGGCGCAUUCGCGAGCCUGUGGGCACCAAAGGAGCAAUCAAGUGUGUGUUCGAUGGGGUGGUGCAGCAGCGCGAUGCCGUCUGCAUGGCUCUCUACAAGCGAGUCUACCCCAAGUUCCCCGUCCUGCCAGCCUCUCUUUGA